AAUGCGUAACAGAACGAAUGUUGUGUGUUAUGGAUGUAGAAAUUAUGUACUAAAGUAAAUACACGUGGUACAACAGAAGUUAAUCUACCGUUCUGAGUACGACACAUGUUUAAUGUUGUGUGCAUCUCUUUAUAAACAAGCAUGAAAUAACCAAAAUCAACCAUUAACUGGUGAUUUCAACGAUUUGGUCACAGCAGGCGAGUUGUUCAUUAUGAUAGCUGUUGCCUUAGUAACUGGUGUGUUAUGGCUGACAGACUUUGUUGUUUCUGAGAAGAUAUGGCAACAAACCAUUCAGGACGUUCUUCGAGCCUCUGUGGACUUUAGUGAUCCCGAAUUUUAUCACACGAGUGCUAACUCCUGUUUGUUAGCAGGUGUAAAAAAUGCGCUUCAGGUCUCCAACCAAAUGUGCUUCUAUAUACCAUCCCAGGACAUCAGCAAUAAGAACAUCACCACUCUCGUUAUCCAAGAUACCGCCAUCACGUCUAUCCUCAGCGAUGCCUUCCAGAAUCUUACAGAUUUAGAAAGUUUGGAAAUAUUUCAAAAUCGGGUAACAGAUGUGAGACCUUAUGCUUUUCGUGGCUUACACAAACUUCGCUUCCUGAAUUUAGCAGCGAAUUCCAUUAAUCGACUAGAUCGUGAUGUUUUCAUUGGGCUAGAAAACCUAGAAGAAAUUAUUCUUUUAAGAAACAGUAUCACAGAACUAAGAUUUGUCAUGCCGGCCAUGACGUCUUCUGUUCUUCCGUCUUUAAUACAUAUCGAUUUUGGUGGUAAUCCAUUACAAAGGGUGGAAUCUGAUGAUUUCAUUGGUCUUAAAACAAGUAAACUUCAAUAUUUGCACUUACAUUUCUGUUAUAUAACUUAUAUAGAUCCACGAGCUUUCGCACCUCUUCAUAACCUUAUCGGAAUUCAUCUUGCAGACAAUAAACUAACUAUGGAAAAUUUAAAAGAAACUUUAGAAGUAUUUCAGUCAAGAAAUUUAGCUAGAAUAAAUAUUAAUCUACCUGGACUUGAAGAGUUUCCUAAGGAUGUGCUCUCGGUUUUAGUCAACUCGUCUGUUCAUGAAAUAUAUCUUAGUAACUUUGAAACAAGUACUCUAAAAAAUGGAAGCUUUCCAGUAAUGCCUAACCUUACAUCUUUACAUAUGCCUUCUUCUCAACUGAAAGAGGUUGAAAAUGGUGCUUUUGCCCCUUUGAUUAACUUAAAGAAUAUUUAUAUGCAAAGGUCUUUUUUGAAACACUUUCCACAAGCUUUGAUUAAGCCACAGUUUGAAGUAAUAGACUUGACUGGGUUUCCUGACGAUACUUUCCGUUUUUAUAUUCCUGACUGGGCUUUCGCUAACAUGAGUGCUUUAAGAGAACUAACUUUGAAUAACAGACGUUUGGUAAAGCUUAAGAAAUGAAACGUUUUUCGGAUUGCACAAAUUAGAAAAACUUAGCUUAAGACAAUGUGACAUAAAUUAUAUCAAUAACGCCUUUU